CGCAUUGACGCUGCAGAUCUUUGUCGCGUUUGGUCUCUGAUAUAUGGCAUUUCGCGGAAGUCCAAUCGCGCCCAUCUUCUCUGCACGGAGAUUCGCUUAUCUCUCACGCGUCGUCGGAGUUUCCACAGCGCAUGACAGCGAGUGCCGUCAACAAAGUGCCACCACAGACGGUCUCCACAAUGUCAGCGGUCAGGGAUAGGUAAGGAUUCAUUCAAUUGCGACCAAAAGCCACCAUUCCAUUCAUCCGUCCUCCCGCCUGUGUGUGCGCUUGUGCCCAGGCCGUGGUUCGUCCAGGCGCUGGAGCGGCUUCAGAGUUGGAUGGAAUCAGUUCAGUUCGACGAGCUUCUCAGCCACUCGGGCGACGUCGGUGGUGCCGCACCAAUCCUCUCUGGAGCGGACACCGAGCUGGAGGCGCUUGUUCGGCUGAGUGCCUCGCUGCUGGAAGGGCUGAGGGACUCGGCCAUCGGCCUGCCGCCCCAUCGUGUGGAGAGGAAGCAGGAGCAGUUGACGUGGCUGCUGGCUAGCUUCCUCCUGCUGGAUCUGCCUCUGCAGAGGCGCUUGCGUGUGGUUGAUUUCUGCUCUGGUGCGGGGCAUUUCGGCUUUGUCGUCGGCCGGUUGUUUCCUCACUUUUCUGUGUGGCUGGUGGAGAUCAACGCUGUGGCCUGUCGGAUGGCUCUGGUAGGCGCGCUUGGACGCUCUUGCGAAUCAAUCGUUGGUCUGUGUGUGUGUGUGUGUCACCUUCCCUGUUCGUUCAGGAGACGAAGGAAAAGUACGGCCUCACCAAUGUCCACGUGAUCAACGCGUCCCUGACGGACCUCAUCCCGGGCGGUUCUGGGGGGACGUGUCCACUGCCUGACUUCGACGUCGGUCUCGGCCUUCACGCGUGUGGGUACGUCGACAGCACACUUGCAGUGUGUGAGUACGUCUGUGCGUACGUCGGCCACCUGAGUGGGUGGGGUGUUUCGUGCAGGUGGCUGACCGAUUUGAUUCAUGUGCUGUGUUUGCAGCGACGGGCCGCUUUCGUCCUCUGCUCGUGCUGUGUUGGCAAGGUGAGGCACCACCCCUCACCCACCAGCCGCGGGCGCUGGCCUGCCCAUGGCGACUGCAGCUAUAGUGAUGAUGAUGAGGCGACACCUGUCGUGUCCACGGAAGUGCUCGCGUACCCACGGAGCAGUCUGCUGAGGCAGGUAGGGGACGUAUGGGUGUGUCUGUUCUCGCUUGCUGCUCUUCCAAUGGCAUGUGCUCUGUGUUGUGUUGUCCCAGCAAUUGUCCGCUGAGGCCUACUUUGAAUUGGCGGCAGCUGCAGGUAACUGCUUGGAGGUGAUGCGCGCGUUGGUGUGUGUCCUGCCAUGAGUGUGUGCGUGGCUGGUGGUGCAGAUAUGAAUGAGGCUCCUGAUCGACAUGGAGCCGCAGACAAGGCCACCUUGUCUCCGGCCGAAUGCCAUUGGCCUCCGCCCCUUGCCUCCUGGUUGCUGCGCCUCAACCGGGCCUUCCGGCAUCGGUGGGAUUCAGUCGCGCGCCCAGCUGCUCUGACACAGUCAAAGGAGACAUCUGAGCUGGGGUGCUGCCGAGGUGCGCACUGCUAUCCGUGUGCAGGCGAUGUACGGGCAGCCUGGCUAUUCAGAAUCUCUGUUCUCUGUGUUUACGAUGCAGGCUUGUGUGCGGAUGGCGAGAGCGACGAAGAGACGUCUCUGCCUUUGGCAAGACGGACGUGCAAGCUGCUGGUGGAGAUGGACAGACUGAUGGCUGCUCACGAACACGGCUACACAGUGAGGGUGAUCCACAUGCCGCUGAGGUACGAUUGAUUACCUGCCUUGCGUGUGUGUAUGCGACGCACGAUUGCCACCCAUCCACCCAUCCAUCGAUGGGAUGAUUUGUGUCUGCUGGAUGGUUGUCUGCAGAGCUUCACCGAAGAACGACAUCAUCAUCGGUCGUCCCCCGAGUGGCCACGAUCGCCUGGCGCAUCGCGUCUCGCUGACAGCGCUUGUUGCCGACCAAAUUUAAAGGCGACCAAAUGAAGGUGUACAGUGACCAACUUGGUUCACGCACUGUACACUCAGCUCCCUCCUGCAGGUGCAACCAGAUGCCGACCGACGCACGCCUGUACAGUUCCUCUGCUUGUCUGCCUGCCUGCCUGCCCGCCUGUCGGUGUGUGUGGGGGGCAGUGUUUGCUUGCCUUGUGCGGAGUAGUUCUUUG